CGGGCUGACCUGGGCCCGCAGCCCUGUGCCCUGGAGCGCUGAUCCUGCACUUAGUAGGUGCCGGGCUGGCCCGGGCCCGAGCUCCCAGAAUUCUUGGCAGGCACAUAGUAGGUGUCAGGAGUAUUUCUGUUGCCUGGAACCUGAGCUCCGAGAGCUUAGUGCGCACAGUGGGUCUCAGGAACUGUUCCUCAGUUUAUGCUUGUGAUAUAACUCGGAUUCUGAAAACUGAUGCAAAUGUACCCUCGUCUCUGCUCUGCCAUGGGGGUUUAAUUUUCUCCUCACUGCAGCUUGAUUAGAACAAUUGGAUUUUACUGGACAGGGACUCCACUUGUGGCAUGGUGUUUUUGAGGUGCAAGGCUAAUGGGUCUGGAGGCAAGGAGCUCUGCUUGAGUGCUGUGAUUGUGAUUUAUUUCUAUACUUGGGAAAUACCUGCCAGUACUUAGUCCCAACCACUGUGGUACUGAAGCACGCCAGGACAGUUUGCACAUUCAGAGAGGCUGUUAGUGUGUGGAAAAGACCUUGCAUAAGCUGGAGGGAGGAUGCAUGCCUGGAAUUUGUACAGGAGCGGUGGAUUGCACCAGGACUUCCAUUGAGCUUCAUAUAGCCGGUUGCUUAGGCUAGUGACUCAGUGUCAGACUUUUCUUGAGUUAAUACAGGCUCAUGACAGAACUUGAAUUAGGAGCAAAAGUGCAGGAACCCAGAAUAAGGUCAGAUCUGAAGAUGCAAAGGAAUAGUGUAAGCUGGGCAUGGUGGCACAUGCCUGUACUUCCAGUGACUUGGGAGGCUGAGACAGGAGGGUCACAAGUUCAAAGCCAGCCUCAGCAACUUAAUGAGACCCUGUGUCCUCUGAAGCUUUUAUGGAGAAAGGUGAUUGUUUGGAUCAGUGCGUGAGCUUAGAAACAAGACAUGGAAAACCAGAAGUUAUUAUUGCUGCUGCACUUGACAUAGUUAACAGGCAUGUAAUUUAGGGAGAUGUCCUGGACCUGGUAUCCAUGAAUUUCAUUGAAGUUCAUAUACAUUGUCGCCUUUUUGGAUUGUGGGGAGUGAUGCUGGCAGAUGUAACAGGUAUGUGUUAGGUAGCUGGGUAGCUGGUCAGAAUUUGUAUCAAUGAUUGGUGGUUUCUCAUUCCUUUUGCUGCUUUGCUUUGACAUUAUUUUGUUCAUUUUUUUUUUUUUUUGGUUAAUAUGACUUAUGCCAAGAAUAAAGUGCAAGCUAGGCAUGAUGGUGCAUGCCUAUAACCCCAGAGACUCAGGGGGCCGAGGCAGGAGGAUUGCAAGUUCAAGGCCAGUUUUAACAACUUAGACCCUGUCUCAAAAUAAAAAACAAAAAGGGCUCUGGGUAUGGCUCAGUGGUAAAGUGCCCCAGGUUCGAAGCCCUCACCCCUCAAAGCAAGAAUAAUUUAAGGUGCAGUGUCUCUGCUACGGGAAGGGCUUGGUGGAGAGACAGUGUGAACUCCCAUUGACAAGCACCUGCACAUCCCAUCUCACCAGGUGGCAGCACUGUCCACUGGGUUUUCAGGCUCCAAAGCUAAGAGCAGUUGUUUCUCCUGUUCCCCACAGUACUUCCCACCCUAGCCUCGUAGCCUCUUUCUCAGAACUGUAUUUCCAGUCUGCUCCAUCCUUCCAUGUCUAAGGUGGAGCUUCUUACCAACCUCUGCUGGUUGUCUCCUUCUUGAAUCCAUCACAUGGCAGCCCGGAUGAUCUCUUCAGGUAUACCUUGACAGCCACACCCUGUUUAAAGCUCUUGAGUGGGCUCCUUGUCCCCUUGAUAUAAACCCUGCACCCCCAAUUGACCUUGGAGCCCCAUACCCCUGUGGGAUCAUUAAGAAAGCACCAGGCUCAGCAGCAUGCCGCUGGGCCAUUGUCCAGGCCCGCUACUCUCCGGUGGGAUCUAGAAUUCCUUGUUCUAGCUGGAAGGCGAGAUGUAGACAUUGGCAGGUUUUGAUUGGUUAUGAUUUAACAUGCUGGGGUUUUGUUAAACUUGGGUAAUGUGUGUAGUACCUGAAUAUACAUUUACCUGCAUUUAAAGUUUUCCUGAGAAAUCAAAAUUCACUAGUAGAAAAGCAGGUAUUUUAAAGGAGGUCACUGUAUCUCUUAGUGAGAGGGAAGAGAGCAGCACGAGGCAGGAAAAGAGAAUUCACACAGGUAGAAAUGCUGACAGGAUAGGUGUCCACUGCCCACCUGGGUUGCGGCCUGUAGUUAGAUCACAAGCUCCCCAGUACUGGGAGGACUGGUGUGUGAGUUUUCCAGUUGAUUAUCUUUGCUCUGGCUCAUCAUCACAGUAAACACUGGCGUUUUGGAAGACAGGUGUUUGUGUACAUGCUGGAGCUUCUGACGAGGGCCCUCUGGCACUGCUUUUUGUGAGUCUUUUAGGCUGAAAGACCUGUGUGGCCUGGGGUUGCACCUUGAGGUACUGUAACCAGCAGGUAAAAUCAGAUUUGUCUCUGUCUGUAUACCUGGCAUGGUGGAAACUGGGGUCUUGGGCUGUCAGCUCAAGAGGAGAGGGGACUGUGCUUGAUCAGGAGGGAGCCUGGAAUAGUAAUUGAAAAUCAGUCCUCCUUCUGCCACUGGUUGGUUGCAAGAUUUUGACCAAGUGGUUCAGUCUUUCUGGGGACUUAGUUUCUGAGCUAUACAAGAGCAGGGACCCUAUGACUCACCGUAUUUUGGGGGAUUAUUAUUCUGUGUUGCAUUUCAUUUCCACAUGAGUACCCACUUAGGAGCAGAGAUGUUCAAAGACAAAACAGGUGACAAAGUUCAGGUGGUGCUUAGGCUGCAAACCUCUCAGCGUUUUGGCCUCUGAGGUUCUCAUGGCAGCGGGUUUCACUUGGCUCCUGGAGAGAGUUAGCAGGAGAGGAAAGCAGGAAAUGCUGUUCUAAGGGAAUCCUGAGACAGAGGGCAGGAGCCCUGCUGCCUAAAAUUAGGAGCUCUUAGAGGUAUUGUUCUCGGGAGCUUCAGACACCCAAUUCGUUAGCUCUUCCCAUCUCUAGAUAUUUAUCAGGCGUUGGGCACGUGCUGCCUGCCAGGUCUGUGAAGGUCUGGAGAAACAGCGCUGAGGAGCAAGGACUAACAGUCAACUUUACCUGAUGAUGUCCUGCCCUGGGGGGUGGGAGGAGAUGAUGACAAUGCGGGACACUGAGGCAGGGCUCAGCUUGUACAAAGCCCUGGGUUCAAAUCCCAGCACUACAGAAGACAAGCAAAAGACUUUGGAAGCUGACCAGUCUGGGAGGAGGAGCAGAAAUGGAAAAAGAGAAAGUAGAAAGGAAUUAAGAAGAGAAGGAAUGGUAGAGCUCACCUGAAGUGACAGCGAUCUCCAGUAGCAAUGGUGACCCGAGACUCCUGGGCUUUCUUGGGGAUGGAGAACACUCGGGUGAGUGGGUGGUAGCACACCGCAGGGUCAGGCUGGUGUCCUGGAGGAAGGAUGGACUGUGGGACAGGGUAGGAGCCAGUGUAGUGUGUGGUGUCAGCAGAGAGAGGAAGGGAGCCGUGCUUUAGAAAACAUGUUCAAAACAAAGUCAACGUCGGCCAGUCUGGGGAUUAGCUUGGCUGCUUAGAAUUUGGAGCCAUUAUUUCUCAUUUUAACAUUAAGAACAUGUAAGGAUCUGUGGAUGACCGAGAUCUUAACUGCACAGAGUUUUUCUUGAGUUAAAUCCCAGCUGUGCUCUGAAUGUAGCAGGUUUGGUUGGAACAUGGCAUCAUAUCCCAAAGAGGCCAGUGUGGUGCCUUUAGGUUGGGAACAAGAGGCAGGGAUUCAGCCUGGUGGCCUGGCAUGGGGAGAAGAAGGAGUUGAAGGUAGCUUGCUAGGCCCAGGACCGUAGGAUGCUGCAGGAGGUGGCUGUGGCAUUAUGUGACUGAGGGUGGUCCUCGAGCAGCAAGUGAGCGUCUUGGAGAUGGACACUUUCUAAGUUAUUGGUGGGCUCAGGACCUGCUGCUUCAGGGAGCAUCAUCUCACGGUUCUUCCCGACUCCAAGAUACACUGUUUAAGAUGGGAUUUUACCACUGAACGCGGAGAACAUUGAUGAUGACUGUCCAACUCCAAACUUCCACAAAUGUGAGAUCUGUCUGCUGUCCUUCCCAAGAGAGGCUCAGUUCCAGCGCCACAUGAGGGAUCAUGAGCGGAAUGACAAGCCACAUCGAUGUGACCAGUGUCCGCAGACGUUCAACGUCGAGUUCAACCUGACUCUCCAUAAGUGCACCCACAAUGGGGACGACCCCACCUGCCCCGUGUGCAACAAGAAGUUCUCCCGGGUGGCCAGCCUCAAGGCACACCUCAUGCUGCACGAAAAGGAAGAGAACCUCAUCUGCUCGGAGUGUGGGGAUGAGUUCACGCUGCAGAGCCAGCUGGCCAUCCACCUGGAGGAGCACCGGCGGGAGCUGGCGAACACCCGUAGCCACACCUGCAAGUCCUGCAAGGAGGAGUUUGAGACCUCAGCAGAGCUGAAGGACCAUGUGAAGACUCACUAUAAAGUUAGGGUGUCUGGAACCAGGUCUUAUAACCGGAAUGUUGACAGGAGUGGAUUCACAUAUUCAUGUCCACACUGUGGAAAGACGUUUCAAAAGCCAAGUCAGCUAACGCGACAUAUAAGGAUACACACAGGUGAAAGGCCAUUUAAAUGCAGCGAGUGUGGAAAAGCUUUCAACCAGAAGGGGGCAUUGCAGACCCACAUGAUCAAGCAUACGGGCGAGAAGCCCCAUGCCUGUGCCUUUUGCCCUGCUGCCUUUUCUCAGAAGGGGAAUCUCCAGUCCCACGUGCAGAGAGUUCACUCAGAGGUCAAGAGUGGUCCUACCUACAACUGCACAGCAUGCAGCUGUGUAUUUAAGAGCCUCGGCAGCUUGAAUACGCACAUCAGUAAGAUGCACAUGGGGGGGCCCCCGAAUCCCACAAGCUCUGCAGAGACUGCGCACGUCAUUACGGCCACGCUGUUUCAGACCUUGCCUCUGCAGCAGACGGACUCCCAGGCCUCCGCAGCCUCAAGCCAGCAGAACUCUCAGGCCGUGACGGAUGUCAUCCAGCAGCUUCUGGAACUCUCAGAGCCAGGGCCUGUGGAGUCCCACCAGUCCCCACAGCCCGGGCAGCAGCUGAGCAUCACAGUGGGCAUCAACCAGGACAUUCUACAGCAAGCCUUAGAAAACAGUGGGCUGUCUUCACUUCCAGUUGCAGCUCCGCCCAGCGACUGCAGCCACACCAAGACGUCCACAGGGCCAACCGCGAGCCCCGAUGCUGCCAGCGCGUCCCCCGGGCAAGCAGACCCCACGGACACGGGGCCAGAGAAAGGGCCAGAAAGCCCUGAGAAGUUGGAUAAAAAAGAGAAAAAAGCUAUAAAGAAGAAGUCUCCGUUUCUGCCUGGCUCGGUUCGGGAGGAGAAUGGCGUGCGGUGGCACGUGUGUCCCUACUGCACCAAGGAGUUCCGGAAGCCCAGCGACCUGGUGCGCCACAUCCGCAUCCACACCCACGAGAAGCCCUUCAAGUGCCCGCAGUGCUUCCGCGCCUUCGCCGUGAAGAGCACGCUGACGGCGCACAUCAAGACGCACACGGGCAUCAAGGCCUUCAAGUGCCAGUACUGCAUGAAGAGCUUCUCCACCUCAGGGAGCCUCAAGGUGCACAUCCGCCUGCACACAGGAGUUAGACCUUUUGCUUGUCCUCACUGUGACAAAAAGUUUCGCACCUCAGGCCAUAGGAAGACCCACAUUGCUUCCCACUUCAAACACACAGAGUUACGCAAGAUGAGGCACCAGCGCAAGCCUGCCAAGGUCCGUGUGGGCAGGACCAGCGCUCCAGUCCCCGACAUCCCUUUGCAGGAACCGAUUCUCAUAACUGACUUAGGUCUUAUCCAACCCAUUCCAAGAAACCAGUUUUUCCAAAGUUAUUUUAAUAAUAAUUUUGUAAAUGAAGCGGAUCGACCAUACAAAUGUUUUUAUUGUCAUCGAGCGUAUAAAAAGUCCUGCCAUCUUAAACAACACAUCAGGUCACACACAGGUGAAAAGCCUUUCAAGUGCUCUCAGUGUGGAAGAGGCUUCGUGUCUGCAGGAGUGCUCAAGGCGCACGUGAGGACGCACACGGGCCUCAAGUCCUUCAAGUGUCUCAUCUGUAAUGGAGCCUUCACCACUGGGGGCAGCUUGCGCAGACACAUGGGCAUUCAUAACGACCUCCGGCCCUAUAUGUGUCCCUAUUGCCAAAAAACCUUUAAGACCUCGCUGAACUGCAAGAAGCACAUGAAAACCCAUAGAUAUGAACUUGCCCAGCAGCUGCAGCAGCACCAGCAGGCCACCUCAGUGGAUGACAGCACCGUGGACCAGCCGAGCCUGCAGGUGUCGGCUCCCAUGCCAGUGGAGAUGGAGGGGGCCCAGCUGCAGCAAUCGGCCGAGCCUGUCCCCACUGACCCUGAGGCUAUGCUGGACCUGGGGUCGCAGCACGUGGUGGGCACAGAAGAAGCGGCACUGGGGCAGCAGCUGACAGAUCAGCCUUUGGAAGCGGAUGAAGAUGGGUUUACAGCCGCCCAGGACCCUCUCCCAGGGCACAUGGACCAGUUUGAAGAGCCGACUCCCACACAGCAGUCCUUUGAGCCAUCAGGGCUAUCUCAAGGUUUCACAGUGAGCGACACAUACAAUCAACAGGCUGAGUUUCCACCUGUGCAACAACUACAAGAUUCCAGUACUCUUGAGUCCCAAGCCCUGUCCACGAGUUUCCACCAGCAGAACCUGCUGCAGGUUCCAAGCUCUGACACGAUGAACGUAACUGCUCGCUUGAUUCAGGAGUCGUCCCAAGAGGAGUUGGACCUGCCGACACAACGCCCCCAGUUCCUGGAGGACGGCGAGGACCAGAGCCGGCGCUCUUACAGAUGUGACUACUGCAACAAGGGCUUCAAGAAGUCCAGCCACUUGAAGCAGCACGUGCGGUCACACACAGGAGAGAAGCCCUACAAGUGCAAGCUCUGCGGGCGCGGCUUCGUCUCCUCCGGCGUCCUCAAGUCCCAUGAGAAGACACACACAGGGGUGAAGGCGUUCAGCUGCAGCGUCUGUAACGCCUCGUUCACCACCAAUGGCAGCCUCACGCGGCACAUGGCCACACACAUGAGCAUGCGGCCGUACAAGUGUCCCUUCUGUGACGAGGGCUUCCGCACCGCGGUUCACUGUAAGAAGCACAUGAAGAGGCACCAGACGGUCCCCUCUGCUGCGUCGGCAGCUGCAGAGACUGAGGGAGGAGACAUGUGCCUGGAGGAAGAGGAGGAAAAUUCUGACAGAAGCGCAUCGAGAAAGUCCCGUCCUGAGGUCAUCACCUUCACCGAGGAGGAGACGGCCCAGCUGGCCAAGAUUCGGCCCCAGGAGAGUGCCACUGUGUCUGAGAAGGUCCUGGUGCAGUCGGCCGCAGAGAAAGACCGCAUCAGCGAGAUGAAGGACAGGCAGGCGGAGCUCGAGGCUGAGCCUAAGCAUGCCAACUGUUGCAGCUACUGCCCUAAAAGCUUCAAGAAGCCCAGCGACUUGGUGAGGCAUGUUCGAAUCCACACUGGAGAAAAGCCAUACAAGUGUGAGGAGUGUGGCAAGAGCUUCACUGUGAAGUCCACUCUCGAUUGCCACGUGAAGACCCACACAGGCCAGAAGCUCUUCAGCUGCCACGUGUGCAGCAACGCCUUCUCCACCAAGGGGAGCCUGAAGGUGCACAUGCGCCUGCACACGGGAGCCAAGCCCUUCAAGUGCCCUCACUGUGAGCUCCGCUUCCGCACCUCGGGGCGCAGGAAGACGCACAUGCAGUUCCACUACAAACCAGACCCAAAGAAAGUCAGAAAGCCUGUGACACGCAGCUCACCAGAAGGCCUGCAGCCAGCGAGCCUGCUCAGCCCCUCCUCCACGGACCCCAACGUGUUCAUCAUGAACAACUCUGUGCUGACAGGACAGUUUGAUCAGAAUCUGCAGAAUCUGCAAGGACUGGUGGGCCAAGCGAUUCUUCCUGCCGCCGUGUCAGCUGGUGGUGACCUGACCGUGUCUUUGACAGACGGGAGCCUGGCCACCCUGGAAGGCAUCCAGUUACAGUUGGCUGCCAACUUGGUUGGGCCAAAUGUUCAGAUUUCUGGAAUCGAUGCCUCUAGCAUCAACAACAUCACGUUGCAGAUCGAUCCCAGUGUUUUGCAGCAAACACUGCAGCAGGGCAACCUGCUCACCCAGCCACUCUCGGGAGAGCCCGGCACCGCCCCUCAGAACAGCUCCCUGCAGACCCCUGACAGCACCGUCCCAGCCAGCGUCGUCAUUCAGCCCAUCUCAGGCCUGUCCUUGCAGCCCACAGUGACAUCUGCCAAUCUGACCAUCAGCCCACUGUCUGAGCAGGAUUCCGUGCUGACCACCAGCAGCAGUGGGACCCAGGACCUCACUCAAGUGAUGACUUCUCAAGGCCUCGUGUCCACAUCCACGGGCCCGCACGAGAUCACCCUGACCAUCAACAACUCCAGUCUCAGCCAGGUCUUGGCCCAGGCAGCGGGUCCCACUGCCACGUCCUCCUCAGGGUCCCCACAGGAGAUCACGCUGACUAUCUCUGAGCUUAAUCCUACGAGUGGGAGCCUGCCUUCCACAACACCAAUGUCACCAUCAGCCAUCUCCACUCAGAACUUGGUCAUGUCUUCGUCAGGCGUGGGGGGCGAUGCCAGCGUCACGCUGACCCUGGCGGACACUCAGGGCGUGCUGUCAGGAGGCCUGGACACGGUUACACUGAAUAUCACCUCUCAGGGUCAGCAGUUCCCGGCGCUACUCACGGAUCCAUCUCUCUCGGGCCAAGGUGGAGCGGGCUCACCGCAAGUCAUACUGGUGAGCCACACCCCACAGUCUUCAUCAGGCACAUGUGAAGAGAUUGCCUACCAGGUGGCCGAUGUCUCCGCCCUGGCCCCAGGCAGCCAGCCCGAGAAGGACAGCCUGGCGCACCAGUGCCUGGAGUGUACCCGCACCUUCUCCUCGGCCGCCGUGCUGGCGCACCACAGCAAGGAGGCGCACGGCCGGGAGCGCAUCCACGGCUGCCGCAUCUGCAGGAAGGCCUUCAAGCGCGCCACGCACCUCAAGGAGCACAUGCUGACGCACCAGGCCGGCCCCUCCUUGAGCUCUCAGAAGCCCAGAGUGUUCAAGUGUGACACUUGCGACAAGGCGUUUGCCAAGCCAAGCCAGCUGGAGCGACACAGCCGCAUCCACACAGGGGAGCGGCCCUUCCACUGCACUCUCUGUGAGAAGGCCUUCAAUCAGAAGAGCGCCCUGCAGGUGCACAUGAAGAAGCACACCGGGGAGCGGCCCUACAAGUGCGACUACUGUGUCAUGGGCUUCACGCAGAAGAGCAACAUGAAGCUGCACAUGAAGCGGGCCCACAGCUUCGCAGGAACCUUGCAGGGCACAGCUGCUCCCCCGCAGCAGGAUGGGGAGGAGCUGAGGACCCUGCACCUGGAGGAGGUGGUGCAGGAUGCUGCGGGCGAGUGGCAGACCCUUACCAACGUGUUCUGACGCAGCGAGGGCACCUGAGCUGGCUCUGCAGCUACGUUUAUGAAGAACAGAGCGCUUGGAAUUUCUAUUUUAAAGCUUCAAGUGUUAAAAAUGUACCACAAUAGUUUUUUAGCUAUAAAAUUAUUUAAAGAAUCAUUGUCUUUCAGAGACUUAGAGGAAAAAAACUGGGAAAAAUGUAAACAGGUUGUUCUCAUUUGUCUACGAAUCACUGAACUCAGGUACUACAAUAGUCAGCUUCACCUUCUCCAUGGCCAGUGUAUCUAGUUAAAAAGAAAUUAACUGGAUUUUACUGUCAUUGUAGUGUGAUUUCUUUGUAUUAGCAAAGACAAAAGUUAACCUGGAAAAAGUAUGUAAGAUUUUCCUUCAUGCUUUCUGUUAUAAGAAGCAUCGCUUACAAAACAAACCUAAGAUAGGUGCAUGAAGUUGAGAAAAAUGUCGUGACACAUGGGAGGGUCUUCACUUUUUACUCUGUGCAUUUUGGAAGUUAGUGGUAGUCGUCUCUUUUUAACCUUCCCUAAGUGAAUACAGCUGACACCCUGAGAGAUGGCUGGACCAACUCUCCCUCACAGGCAUCUGGUCACCAGCUGGAAGAGCCAGGGUCUGGGGCAGCAGGGAGAGGACACCUGGCCCCAGGAGGACCAGCCGUCCCACAGGUGGUGAGAGACCUGCUGUGUGCAUCUGCUGAGGCUCAGGGUGAGGCCGCUGCAGAAGCACAAGCCACACCGUGGUAGGGAGGGCAGGAUGGUCUCCUGGGAGCAGGUCUCUGCCCUGCCUUCUCCACGGGAGGCUUCUUUUAGGUUAAGGGUGAGAACUCCCAGACCCCAUGAUUCCUCUUCAUGCAUAAAGAGAUGUGUCUUUUAUUUCAGGGAAUUCUUUAUUGUCCUCAAUGGUGCCCGCUAGACACGUCCCCACCAAGCCCCAUCCGGCUGGGGCGGAGCGCGGACGCUGCGUCCGGCAGCAUUCCAAAGGCCGAGGUUCGCCACGCCGUGCUGGUUCCCUGUGGGUUAUUUAUAUGUUCUAUAUAUAAAUGCGAUGUACAUAGUAUGGGCCUCUGUGUGGCUGAGCAGUAUAUUUUGUAAAUAGAAGCACUAGUCCCCGUCCCGAGUGCGCACCUGAGGCUCCUCCCACGAGCACUUCAGACCCCUGGUCGUUGUUAAUAAAUGGAUACCUUUCCCACCGUAACACAAAGCUGGGUUUUAUUUUCUUCUGAAAGAUAAUUGCCUUUGUUUUUCUCUCCGCCUCCCUGGCUCCAGAGGAGAGUCGUGUUGUUGUAAUAUCGUGUGGAUUUUGUAUAUCAAGAGGAGUCGCUCAGACUCCUAAAGAAAGAGACGUCCCAGUGUUCUUCUUGAAGGGCAUCUGACUUUGCUGUUCACCUCUGUGUCUGUAUAUACGUCACACUGCGCUGACAUGAAGACUUUUGUUAUUUUGUGAAAAUAUUUAAGUCAGAAAACUGUUGAAUAAUAUUACCUUUUCCCCCAAAACUGCUUUGUGUAUUGUAUAUUUUUUUAAGAAGAGAAAAGCCUUAUUUGACCUCUUGUGAAGCUGGACUUGUGACCCCGUGGCCCCCAGAGGCCAGCCCGCUCACUGGCGUGGCAGCAUUUUCAGAAAAACUGUAACUGUGCAAGAGUUUUAAAGGCUCUGCUUUUAAUGCACUUUUUCUUUUAUAAUUUUGUAUUAAAAUAUUUUAGAUAUGUUGAUUAAUUUUAGUGAACAAAUAUCCCCAAAGUUGAAAUUAUUGGAAUUUAAAGUUUUUGUUCUUGCUGGUUUAUUUAUUUUGCUUUUAACAUUAAAUGUCAUCUCAGGACAUCUCCAAAAGGGGGUGUUUAGUUUCUAACUAUAUAGAGAGCAGAGUGUGUGACUGUGUGGUUCAUUGCUGUUUAAGUAAGGCCUUACCACAUGAAUCUGAAACCUACUUUUAUUUUGGUUAAAGAAAAAGAAAAAAAUUUAUCAGUAGUCCAUUCUGUGUCUUUUCUCAGUUUAUUAGCAGGCAAACACAAGACGUGUAUGUAUUAUUUGGGUUUACUUUCUAAUCAUAAAAGCUGCUCCUUUGCAAAACAUUCCUUGAAAAUACAAGGUUUUAAAAUGAUAUGAUUUCACUUGAAUGUUUGUGGUGUACAGGUUGAUCUUUGUAUUUUACUGGCUGAUUAAGAAGUUGUUUUAGGAAAGAGAUUUCUAGCCUCAUGCGUAACCAGGGUUUUGAGGAUAGAGAGCUGUAUUUUUAGAACUGUCUCACCAGGGCAUAUCUGCUUUGGAAUAGCUAUAAAUACAAAAUGACAUUAAGAAAUGUGAUUAAUGUUUUUUUCCUUUAGAAAUAUUUAAGAUACAAUUGUUUGGCACAUGAAUUAAUUUCAAGUUCAGAUAUGUUUACCAGAGAAGAACUUAGUGAUAUUUCUUUUACCUCUGAGGCCCAGACCAUGGGAGGUAACCCUCGCAGUGUCUACCUGAAGAGCUUCGGACCGAGAAUCAGGGUACGGCGUGGAGUAGGUCCCGCACAGCGCCACCAGGUCACCUGCACCACAGCCACGCAGGCUGCUUUUGAGAGUUUGUAACUGCCUUUAACCCGCUCAUGGUAAAGGAACUGCUAAGCACUUACACGGGCUGAAAGAAAGGAUUCCGUUUCCAAAGAUGUGAGCAUGAGUCUGCUGCGGCUCGUGCAGCCAAGACAGCGGGAGUGAUCUGGCGGACAGAGCACCGGGAGGGCGGUAGGUGACAACAGAAGCCGCUUUCACCUGCUCAGCAAGUGCCACUCAGCCCCGUCCGCUCCUGGAGGUGAUGGCCACGGCUCAGCACCACCGUCCCUGUGCCAUGGGACGAGCCCCGCGCUGCUGAGGCAGCGUUUGCUGGGGAAAGCAUCUGCAGUCUGUUCCUUUGUGUCCUCCCUCGCCACGUUCAAGGAAAUUGGAGUCUUAAAAUCAUAGCUGCAUUUUGUACCUUCCUUUGAACUUGGGUGCUUUUGUGUGUGAGAGGUUCAGGCCGCAGAGCAGGGGCAGAUUCUGAAAGUAGAUCUCGGUUCUUCCUGUGGAUUUCUCUCUUAUUGAGAAGGAUGUUCGUAGCUCAUGAAGAUCCACAUUUCAGCAUUAACGACCACCACAGAUUUAUGUAAAUAACAUUUAUAGAGAAGUAUGUAAGGUGUGUAAACUGCUUGCUGGUCCUGACUUGGAGGGGGUCUCCCACCUGCUUCUUAAGUUCUCCCAAAGCUGAUUUCAGUGGGCGUCUGCCCUCCCCCACCGAGAGCCGUAAUGCCUGCUGUGUGCCUCAGCCUCCUGCAGAGUGGGGGGCAGACUGCUGGACCCAGAGCCCUCUUUCACACUUAAUUUAUUCGUGCAAUGUGGGUGCUUUAGGAUUUUUAGAGUAAAAUUUCAAAAGAGCCUACAUAUACAUAACCCAAUUUAGUGUUACAUAUCUGCUUGGGCCCCUGGAAAGCAGCAUUUUGAAAUCUGGUUACGUCUUUUGCAUUGUCUGGUAAUGGGUCAGCAGAGCUUCGUGAGUCCAGAAGCCCUGCACACCCCCUGACAGUGACGUUUCUUCACCUCGGUGAGCACGAAGCCACCGUUACGUGGUCUCUGUGCUCCUAGUUGCCCCUUCCUCCGACACACGGUCCACUCGCCCACUGCCUCCCAAGGCGCCUGGUGGUUUCUUAGUGGAUGACUAAUAAGCAUUUAAAGCACUAAAAAAAAAAAAAAAAAUCAUUAGUAUCAGUGUCAGCAGCAAUAGGCAGUGAUCAUAAAAGAUUUUGCUAUUUAAUCUUUUCUAUGUGUAACGCUUUACAGCAUGAAGACUUUUGUAUUAAAUCAAGUUUUGUAUUAUAUUUGACAAGUUCUAAAAUGCCAUAGUGAUUGUUCUUGAGUCACCACUGAAGAAAAUUUAAUUUUUUAAUUUACAGACGAGUCCUCUUUUUAUCUUCGGAAUUGUCUCAUGGUCUAUUUAUACAUUGGAUGAUAUUUAUUUAAUCCAAUUUUGUAUUAGAAAUGCAUAGUUAUGCCAAAAGCCACUGUGCUGGCUUUUAAAAAUAAUAAAGAUAGUUUUUGUAUUAUUUUAAAACUCCUGUA